GAGAAAUGUCAAACAUCAUUUGAAAAUUUGAAAGCCAUGUUUAAGACUGAACCAGUUCUUUUGGCACAGAAUUUUGAAAAACACUUUCAAGUUAGCUGUAGAUGCUAGUGAUAUUGGUGCUUGAGGGGUAUUGCUACAAGAAGACAACUCCGGAAUUAAUCAUCCUGUCUGUUAUUUUUCAAAAAAGUUCAAUAAACAUCAGAGUAAUUACUCUACUAUUGCAAAAGUGUGUCUAACUCCUAUUUUGGCUAUUUAGCACUUUGAGGUGUAUUUAAGUGCAGCCAUGUAUCCUACUGUUGUCUGCAGUGACCACAUUCCUCUCACUUUCAUUAACAAAAUGAAAAACAAAAAUCAGACAUUGUUGAAAUGUAGUCUUUACUCCAAGAGUAUAACUUGGAUAUUGUUCAUAUCAAGGGCAGAGACAACAUUAUACCAGCUGCCAUAUCCAGGAGGAAUUGAUCAAAGGGUUCUACAUUAAAAAGUAAUGUUAUUUAGUAUAUAAUGGGUGUGCUAUAAUUGUAAAUAUGAUAUGUUGAAGGAUUCCAUUUCUUUUUCAUGCAUUAUGUAUGCUUCGUUUGUGUUAUGUUGUUUGAUCAAUCUUUUUCUUCAGGUGGAGUGGUGUUAUGUAUAUAAGAUUCCUCCUUUAAAUUUUAUUGAUUUAUAAAUGUUUACUGACCUUGUUUUGAGACAUUAGCUAUUACUCGGGAUCGGGAGGUCGAAGGUUCGAGCCCCAUGGGGAGCGUUCGUCCGGGGGAUAUUUGUCAUGGGACUCAUUCCGAAGAGGCCGGUUCGUGAGCCGCAAGCUAGUUAAAUGAAUGGUUACCGACUUCUAUCCGCCUGGCGCCUGGCAUAGGGAUAGGAGUUGGGAGGUAAUUGGUACGCACAAUAAAGGUGUCUCAUAAGCUAAAUUGGCUGGCCUUUUCAAUAGGGGUGACACUAUAGUAAACAAGACCUUUACCUUUACCUUUUUAUCUAAAUAAGUUCUUUUAAUUUCUAUUGUGUUCCAGAAUAUCUUACCUUAAUACUGAUAAACAGUGUAUAACAAUUAUUUUUAGAAAAAAAUGUCCUUGAUUUAUCCAGAAUGUUCUUUUUAUUAUUAGUGUUACAUGGAAAUUCUGGAACCUUCCAUGAUACAUUAAAUAGGCAUAGCAUGUACAAUAAGACAAGAUCUUAUAGAACUUAGAUUGUAGAUAUUAAUGAAACUUUCCUGUAUAAAACAUAAUGUUUGAUAUUUUGAAGGAUUAUUUGAAAAAUUUACUAAAAAUUGUGGAUUUGUAAAAUUAUCUUUGAAGAGAGGAAUUAUAAUUUUUGGAUAACACUAAAGUAACCUUUGAACUGUGUGAAACAUGAAUUUAUUUUGAUUGGAUAUAAAUUUGCCCUGGACAGGAUUUGGACUAUUUUCACAUAUUACUGAAUUUUACGACUUUUUGACAUUUUUGAAGGUAUUUAAAUUGUUACCUUAAUCAAACUAGGAAUUUCUCAAAUUUAGGAAAUGGGUUCAAAUGCUUUUGGUUGGUGUAAAAACUGCUAUAAAUUAUAAGUCAUAAAUUUAUAUGUCGCUAUAACACACAAAUGACCUUUUUCAAAUCUGUUGCAAAAUUACAGAUGAAAUAUGGAAGUUUUAUACUAGGGAGUCAAUAUAUAAAUAAAUAAAACUUUACCAUUUUUCUAUGGUUGAUUUUCAAAACUCAAACUCAUUUUAGUUUAUACUAAUUUGGUUUAAAUCGAUUAUGACGAAAGCUUCAAGCUUAUUGGAACCACUCUCGAGUCCGCUUUCUUGAAAAAACCAGUAUUGGUGUCAUAUGAGAGAUAUUGGUCGUUACCCCAGUAGGGCUUGAACCCACGUCUACUGGAUUGAGGGGCCGACACUAUAUCCACUAGACCACCGCUCUGGUCUAUACAAAUAUUUCUAUAUAUUUCAAAAUGAGUAAAGAGGUGAAAUAGAAAUAUUUGUAUACGUCCUGUAAUGUUCUUCCUUUUAGAGUUGUGUACGUUGUUUUUUGUUGUUGUGUAACUAUUACCCAUCUGUAAACUUACGUUUGCCAAUCAGAAAUUAUACUUCCUUUUGCGACUGUCUGUGAAGUGGAACGUAAUGUAUUCAUAUACAAGUAUUCUAUUGCGCAUCAAUACAGACAAUAAUAAACCAGUUAAAGUAUUCAAGGGUUAGACAUUACAAAAUUGAUAUAGAUCCAGGACUUAAUAUAAAACAGUAUUCAUUUCUGAUACAAAAUUGUUCGUCAUAAUACCGACGAUGGACAUGCAACAUAUGUUUGCAAUAAUAUUCAUCCACUUUGCUGUGACAGAUUCUUCUCCAGAAACCUGCAACAACAUAAUCGUGUCCAAACGAAACUACUUUUCCCACGACUUGUACCCAUGGGACUAUUUUGUUUGGUAUAAUACAACAUUCUGGGGCGGUUAUGAGCUAAUUGCGUCGAAAGAUAACAUAAGUCCUCACUGCUGGAACCCUUACUUUGAUUACCUUUUUUUGGUACUAACAGACAAACACCCCGAUAAAUCAGAAAUAAGUGCUGCAAAACAGAGCUUACAAGCAUGCCUGAUGAACCAAACUGGACACUGCUAUGUAAAUCAUACUGUCGAAGUCAUGAACUGCGAUGGGCACAUGCUGUAUAGAUUUUGGGGCGAAUUACAAUUUUAUUUUAUCCACAAUGUCUACAUCUGCUUUGACAGGAUAUAUGAUGACACCUGUAAAAAUCUGGCUUUGCCGUUACCAGCUGGACCGGUGAAUAACAGUGUCAGUAUCGUACAGAUAAAUUGGGGUGACCUUGAACUAGGAUGGUAUGAUAGUGUCUAUGGCGGCAAGAACUAUACAAUACCCUUGAUUAAAGAUGUUAAUAGUGUUUCAGAAAUGUGCUAUGGUAAACAUAAUGCUGGAAUAUAUAUACAAGGAAAACAACCUGUGGAUGUUGGUGAAACACCAGUUGGGAUGAGGGUUUGCGUUUUAUCGGAUUAUGAUUACGACAUGUAUUAUCAGGACAACGAUUACAACAAUUAUCAGUACUACUGUGACUACCAUGUCUUUAUCAGGUCAUGUAACGGAAAGCUGCAGCUGGAUUUAUCUUUGAGUAUUUACCAGGAAGAUGAUAUUUGCCUUGUUCGAGCUGAAAAUGUGAAAGUGAUACCAGGAAUUCGACACACUGUUCAAAAUGUUGAACAGGAAGGGAAACUGAUUAAGUUCUAUAAACCAUAUUUGCAAUACAGAUGCUCAUUUCAAAUGACAGAGGCUGAUAUGUACAAAGUUAAAUGGUACAUAAAUGGGGUAUUCCUAACAGAAAAAGGACCUGCAAAUGAUGCUGACGAAUUAGUCUUAAAGGAAGGUGAUUUGAACGAUUCAAAACUUGGUUAUACGGUAAAAUGCUCCGUGGUUGUUGUAUUACGAAAACGAUCGGUAACAGAUGUUUUUGACAGUUCCAGUGAAGAGUUCUUUGCCGGAUAUAAGGUAUCUGAUUCGACUAUUGAAUUAAGUAAGACGGGGACAGUGACUGCUUCUGUUGAACAAACUGUACCAAUAGGAUGUUCUUACAAUGAUGAUUCUCCGGCAAAUUGUCUAGAAACGUUGGCGCUGGAUGAUUUAAACCUAGACCAAAAUAAAUGUUCGGAUGGCGUAAAUUCAGUUAAUGCCUAUGAUACCUCUUUACACAGUCACACAAUCAAGAGCCUUAAGCUAAACGAAGAAUGGAUUGGCAGUACAAGCUACCAAUACAAACUUUCAACGGUGGACAGAACAUACGAUGACAGGAACAGCUAUACAAUGAACAUUCAGCUAAACGGCGUGAAGAUAACAGACGGACAAAAUGGCGACAUCCAGGUUAACGUAAAAAGUUGGGAUUACAGUAGAAACAAGAUGUGUUACUCACAUGUAGAUCCGCAUAUGCGCACUGGAAACUUAAGAAAAUAUGAGCAACAGCGUGAAGGUGACUACAUGCUUUACAGAAAUAAACUAUUUCAGACAGAGGUGCAAGAACGUGCUCGGCGCUGCGGAAGUGGGAAGCCCGUGUGUGCAUGUGCAGUUAUUGUGAGAGCUGGAGGUGAUGCCUUCAUGAUCGAUCGAUGCGAUGGUCCUCCUUAUGAAAUUGAGUUUAUUCAGUGCAAUGAUUGUGGAAUCCUGGAUGUAGUUAAAAUUAGUGACAGCCAGUAUGAAAUAUAUACACCAGCUAGAACUAAAAUAUCUGUUAAACUUCUGAAUGGUUGGGCAAAUGGUCGCAACAUGAAUAUCGAUAUAUAUCUAAUGGUGAAGGAUUUCGGUAAUACUGAUGGGCUUUGUGGAAAGUUUGAUAAUACUAGUGCUAACGAUUUUACCUUGAGAAUUGGUCAAACCACGGAUGAUGCCAAUACAUUUGCAGAUGACUGGAGGCUGAAACCAAAAGAAAAUCUAUUCAAAAACCCGAAUAGGAAGCUAGAUAAGUGGAGGGAGUACAUUAAAAAAUGCCACCGAGAAGGAUCAAUAUCCGCCGCAAAAUGUAGCAAAAUAAACAAUUCGUGCUCUGCAAAGAGGAAGAAGCGUGCAACUGAGAGAAAAACGUUAAAACUGAAAACUUCAAGAGGCACAUCUACGAAUAUAUAUCGUACAAAGAGAAGUGUAGUAACAAACAUAACCGAAUCUGAAGCUGAACAGAUCUGCAGAGACGCAAUUUACAGCGCACCUGCUGUUCUUGAGUUUCCAGAUAAACUAGCUGACGAAGAUUUGGAAAAUGUAAUAGACCAAUGCGUAUACGAUGUUGUUCAAGGGAACGAUGUCUCCUGGGCUGAAGCGCAUGUAGUAGCAUUAGACAAUAUAGCUAUAAAUAUACUAAAUCUGAAUCCAGUAUUCAAGUCCAACAAUUCAGACUUGGUGAAGACCUUUCUUUCACACACGUGUGUACACAACUGCAGUGGUAACGGGAUAUGUUCAAACGAUGGUCUGUGUAAUUGUACGGGAGUAUACAGAGGGUAUGACUGCAGUAUUGAUAGACGGAUUCCACCACUUAUAUAUGACAUUAGAAACGGAGGAAUAUGUUCAAGUGAUGAUGAGGAUGAAUGCACAUGCUUCAUCAUUAAAACAGAAAACAUAUUUGAAGGGUUUCAUUGUGAUAUAAAAACUUUUAAGAUGAGCUUCAAUGGAGAACGAGAGGAAGUAGGUAACUCCAGACGUGCUGGUGAAUAUGAUGAUGAGUAUACUGGAGAAUGUUGUGUACCAAAUGGGCGAAGAAAACGUUCUGAAACUGAUAUUGAGACUGGGCCUUUUAUAUAUGCAUAUGAUAUCACAAUUAGCAAUGACGGGAUAAAUUUUGGAGAUAUCAGCCCAGUGUAUAUGUAUGAUACGGCAUGUCUAUAUUUAGAAGAGAAAGAUGAAGUAUUUGUCGGCCUGAAGGACGGAUAUUGUUUUAUCGAUGACACCUGCAUAAAUACAUCUUCUACUCAUCAAACAGGAAGUAGUUCCGAAUGUUUAGUAUGCGACCCACACAAAAACAAAUAUACAUGGACAACAGCUGAUUGCAGUAAGAGAAGCUCGGGUCUUUCAACGCCAGCUUUGAUAGGAAUCAUUAUCGGUUCCACACUGGCAGCUCUCAUUGCUGCCUUUGUCAUUAUCUAUUGUGUUUGCUGCAAGUCAUCAAAGAGGGUCGUAGCAGUAGAUAUUGAUAGUACAGAGAUUGGUGGCAAAAUGUGUCCUGAAACAGAGUUAGCAAAUAUACCACACACGAAAAGGACAGGAACAACAAAUGCAGUUGACAAGAAUGCUAAGACAACAUUUGAUUUGACUACAAUCAUCCCCGAUAUAACUACGUCUGGUACCUCAAAGCCGGUUUUUAAAACAGUUAUGUCGAACGUAAGUCAAACUAUUUCUGUAAAAGAAGCCUACGUUGACGGACAGGAACUGCAAACUGGUGAUUACAUGUCAAACCAUGGAAAUAUUGCAUUUUCCAACGAUUCAGAAUCACGUGGUCCGGAAAGCAGUCCUGUAAAGGACACUCAUGAUCAAACAUUCGAACGUGGUCUAUCCGCCGUCUCACUGAAAAUAGAUUAAGUCUAAGUGUUUUAAACUUUAUAACUUUCAUAAUUGUUUCUUGAAACACUUUCAUGGUUUCAAAUCUAUGUCGGUAUUUAUGCAACGGCAUUGUAGAACGUAUAGGCAAUUUAUAUACAUAUAUUUAUAUGAGUAUGUACAUUUGACUGUUAUCUAUCCGAUUUCUUACUUUAUUUUAUUACAUGUAAACAGAUAUGUUAAUGUAUUCAGCUUUCAUAUAGAAAGUAGUAUGAUAUCGUCCCACAAAAACAUGUAACUGUUAAGAUGAGAUGUGCUUUGCUAGCAAGACAAUUCAGUAUAUCUUUCUGCUAUGCUUUAUUAAGAAAUGUUUUCGCGGUUGAUGACUGUAUUUUAGUAAUAUCUGACUUAUCCCAAUAACCCUUAAAGGUUCUUUUUACAAUAAUCUGAAAGAAACAAAUUCAAAAGCAUAUAUAUUGCUCAUUUGUGUAUUGAUCCAAACGGUAAAACUACUGCAUUGUACCCAUUCGUAUAUGAAUUGCAUUAUGACAGAGUCAAAUUGUUUUUACGAAUGAUUUACUGGUUUUAUAUGUAUCAUUCACUUUUUGCAAUAUAUUAGUAGUUAACUUGUGUUAAAUCAUUCUUAUUUGUCAUCAAAAAGAUUAAAGUUCAUAGAUUAUAAAUGAGCUGAACUUAAGAAAUGAAUCGGAAUUUAAUAGACACCAUUAAGCUAUGAUAUAUAUUGACUUUUGUUUGAAAUAUGCGAAAACCAAAUGCUUGCACCAACAAAUGUCAUAGUAUUACCCGAAACGAAAAAUAUUCAAAACUGCAUUUUAAAGUUUCGUUUUAAUUAACACUGUUUUCAUGAAGAUAUUUUAGUGUAAAUAAAUAGAAUGUUAUGUCUGUUUAUGCUUUAGUAUUAUCUUCAAGAGGACCAUUAUAAAACUAAUGACAACUGCGUCCUACAGUAGAAGUUUGACUUGUAUGGAUGAUACACGAUUAAUUCCUUUUUUCUUGCAAAGUUUUAUUGAACAUUUUCAUACCGUUUUUGAAAUAUUUACCAGAUGUAGUCAUAUACACAGUACAGGUAGCUAUGAAAAAGGAUCAAAAAGCUAAAACUAGAGCAUUCACUUAAGUACAUUGUUCUUUAAAAUACCUGCAAGUCGUACACUCAAUGAACUGCAUACUUAAUAAAGGAAGUCUGCAGUACUAGAGGAAACUGUUUACAAGCGGGUACAUGAAUUCUAAAAUUUCCGAGAUAGUUUUAGAUUGUCUUUUGGCAUGUAAAAGGGGAGAUUCUCACCACGCACUUGGGUCUUAAGAAAGGUUUGUGUCCGAUGAAUGUCAUACAUGUUAACUGUUUAGCAAAAGGUCCAUAGGGUCAAGUGUGCUAAAGAAACGCUGACAAGUUCUCAAACUUAGUAGAUGAUUGCACAAUAUUUAACAACUGCAUAUUCUUUUAUGAGCCAUAACGCCAAACAGUGGCUGCAAAAAUGUGACCGUAGACCAGUAAUUGCAAAAUGAACUAAAAGUGUAAAAAGGUUUUAAAGUCCGUCUUCUUUAACUCAAUGGGUACUGUGGUAUAAAAUCCUAAUCAGGAAAGUCUGACACUGGCUAGUUUUAUAGAGACAAAGUACUGAAUCUGUUUAAUGAAAAUACAAAAAAAAACCCCGCGUCCUCGCAGUCAUCAGUUGACAAAAGACAACGCUACGGCAUACGAAAGUGCCUUCUGGGAGAUUAAAAGUUUGUACAAAUCAGUUAUCCCGCUUAUUCACCAUAUAAAAGUGCUUGCGACAUUUCCUCUUUUUACGGCUGAAAAAUGCCGGCUGGGUGCAAAUAUUUAUUUAAUAAAUCACCUUGGAGUGGUAGUUUUCAGUUACAUCAGACCAUACCACUGGGAGAAUGCUCUGCGAAAUUCGCAUGAAAGUCAAGGGCGAAAACUUGGAAGAAAUAAACUAUGUUUGAGGUAAAUACUCUGUGUACAAUAUCCCAGCAUGAUUGUCAUUAAUUUUAGAAUGACCCUCGUAUGCAGCUAUUCACAUAAAAUCUGCGAUAUAAUUUAAUCUAAGAUAUUGAAAGAAUAAUUGUAAAGUUUUGUAAAACGUUAUCUGGCCAAAUACAUGUAAAGCUAAUGUCUGUUGUGAACUGUUUUUAAUGGUUUGUAAGAAUAUCUAAGUAUUAGUAGCUGACAACAAUACAUUAAAACAGUGUAUAAACAAGCAUUCGAAUAUAGUAAUAAUGAUUAUACAAAUUGGGUUUCAGAUGUUAGAAAGCUUUUAAAUGACUAUGAAAUCUCAUAUAAAUUUGAUCAUUCUGACGGUAUAAAGAGGAUUUAUUUUUGUUUUUGAGCGAAUUUAUAUGUUUGUAUAUGUAGAUGUUAGGCUGAUAUAAGAAACUAGUAUUUAAAAGUUUAUCUUAAAACGUAUAGUAGUUUAUUUAAAACGUAUAAAAGGGUUAUUAUAGUAGAAGCUCCAUCUGGAAUGCUGUUUUAGGCUUUGGUGGAUUUUCUAGUUCAGAUCUCACGAUGCGCACAAGCGCCGGGUUUGACCCGACCUUUUAACAUCCACGACACCAAAUCCAAAAAUGUAGCUACUGUUAUAAUGAUCCUUUUAUUAUAUACCUCAAUCUUAUUGUUGUUUGUUUUGUUAUUGGAUGAAAGAUAAAAGGCAAGGAUACAUAUCUCGGAAGCACAGAGAAACCAUCAAUAUUUAUCGAUCUUGAAAUAUAACUGAGUUACGUUUUUGUGUGCGGCAUAUUGUGUCAGAUCAUGCAUAUUAAAUGAUAGUAGUCCGGCAACAUACAAUACUCAAAGUACAAUUCGGACAUUUUGUCCGCCUGUUCAUAUUUACUUGUGAAAUACCAGCCGGUUUUAACAGAAUUUAUAUAGUUAUAUGAUAAAAGUUAACAUAACUUCUUAAUUCAAAUAACAAAGCCGAAAUUAUGUAUCUAUCUAGAUAAAUUAAAGAAGCUCUAGUUAUUAGAAGUCCACUUCUAACUGCCGAACGAUAAUAUUUCAUGUUCAUUCUCCAAUGUUUACUUUUGUAUAUGUAAUUAUAUUCAUUUGUACUAUAUUUUUAUUUUCACGUUUAUUGUUGCGUUGACAUAAUAUUUCGUCGCCUUAUUCUUAAAUUGUCUUGUCUACCAAUUAGGUGUUUUCGAGAAAAUGAGUUCAAAGAUUUAUUUCAACAUAUCCGUUUUCGUCAGAUACUUGAGGAAUUGUAAAAGAUAGAGCAUGAUUUAUUGAAAUAAAGCUACUCUUACAGCAUUUGUAAAGUGAAUUUAUGGAGACAGAGCGACAGGUAAUAAAAGAAAAUUUGACCUGAAACAAAGAUUAUACGAGUGUUAGCUUAAUGUCAUGCAACUACAUUUUUUCUUGUCUAUACCAAAACAAAUUAUAAAAUGAUAUGUCUGAAUUCAUAUAUCCGAAAUACUUAAGUAUUUGAUUAAUAUAAUAUAGAUAGGCAUGUGACAUUUUGAAACAAAACGAUUUACCGAAUCCUGUAUAUCAAAUUAUACUUACAUUUUGUUCAUGAAGUCUUGACAUAUUCAAUAAUUUAUGCUUCUCUGACAUUUCAAAGAUAAUGCUCAUAGAUUGGUACAAAUAUCAGCUUUACUCUUGAUAGUAAAUUAGAGCAAAUUACUAUGCGCGUAAUAAUAAACAAGACACCCAAUUCAUAUAACUUAAAGAGCAAAGUAAGAUUAAUUGUAUGGUAAGUUUAUCUCAUGUUUUCCUUUUGGAUCUUAGAGUCCAUUCAACAUAUGUAAUUGAGAACCGCUUAAGCCGGUGCUAGGGGACGAGAGAGAUGUUGCACCUUUCAUGAACAGACUCAAUCAAACCCAGUCUGGUACUAUUCUUCUUGCUUGCAUUCCUUGCUUCUAAAUGAAGUUGUUUGCAGGUUAUAUAGUAGUGAAAAUGGAAACAGGACAAUUUACGAGUAAGACGACGAUUUGUAAAUAAAAUGUAUUGUAUACGAUGUACUUUGUACAAUUCUUAAUAAAGUAUCUGUACUCUUCUUCAAUCAA